UUUGUAAAUCUGUGAAGUUGAGCGCUGUUCUCCCGUGCUGUAGGUGGCGGUAUGCCGCAAAACGACACACAUUGCUAACUUCCGCAACAAGUCAGUCAACAAGACGAAGAAAAGAAAAGGGCGCCGUAAGGGCGGGAUGUUCAAAAAAUUAUCCGUUUCUGUUUUCAGAAAUGGAUGCCAGACGAAGUGAUGCGGAUUCUGCUGUAACACCCACCCGACAUCGUCUCUCAAGACGAAGUUCUUGUCGAACAUUCAACACAACAAAGCGACCCUUCCUCACCUCCGGGGUGUUGACAGCUCCGCGUAUUUCAACAGUCAGGAGGAGGCCAAAUGUUCAGCAAAUCGGCAACGACAUUGACCCCGAUCAGCUGUCACUACUUGUCAAAGACAAAUGGGACCUGUCACACGUCACACCAUUGUAUAAUUUUAGGUACACCGAAUUAAAAGCAUAUGCGAAGAGUCUAUCUGCCUUUUUGCUGGAAGAAAAACAGCAAGGUGCAGAUUUAAUCCCUGGAGGUGACAAGGUUUUUGCAGUGACAUUUUCAGCGGUUCCUGGAGUGGCAAAAACAAAGGACGAUGCAGAGACUGUUUUCAUACAGGUCAACUCCAAGGCAAUGUUUGCAGCACCGGGGGAUGCUCCUAAGGUGAUGUGGAGAGGCUGGCUGACGUCUGUCUGCGCCGACCCGCAGUAUCUCCAGUCGCUGCCCCCGGAGUUCGUCUGUCUGCCCGUGCUGUGCUCCAGCGGCUCCGAAUCCCUGACCUUCCUGGUCAAGUGCUGGUUCGAGCGGACGUUCGACUGCGGCUUCGGCGCCCUGAGCCUCGGCCCAACGGACCUGCAGUGGCUGGCCGCCCUCUGGACGUCCUGCCACGCCGACGGCCGCAAGAUCAAGAGCCUGAAGCUGAAGUGGACGCUGCCCUGCCAGCCACCCCUGGACGUGAGCAUGGCGCUGGACGGGGAGGACACGUGGUGGCUGUGGGACAGGACGCGGCGACAACAACAUUCGCAGGACGCCAGUUACGUGUACGUGGAGGAUGUGAAGGACUUUAUGGCCAGCAUAGAGACACACUUCUACAAGCACUUCAAGAUGCACCUGUCCGCCGGCAGGCUGAUGAGCGUGGCCACGGAAGUGGCAUCGGCGCACAUCGAUGGCAAAGUCAAGAUCUGCCCUGAGUACCUGCCCAGCACCAUGGAGCUGUUGACCGAGUGUGCCAUGCACAGAAUGCCCAUCUGAUCUGGGAUGCAUUCCAAUACGCACACUCCCUUCCUACACUUGUGCUUGUGGCCUCGCCCCACCACCGUGGAGAAAACAAUAACGUAUCCCAGCUGUCAGCCUAGCCACAACAACUUUUGAGGCACUGGAUUUCAUUCACCAUCCCGAUUGCAAAUGAGAAAAUGACUUUUGAAUUGUGCUUUUGCAAGGUAUUGACUUUCUUUUCUGUCGUCAGUGACGACAUCAUGAGAUCACAAGCAGGCAAGUGAGGAAGAGAGGACAGAAGUCUGCAUAUUGGACUCCACACCUGGUCUCCCUCUUAUCUGUCUAGCGGAGCCAAGUCAUGUCCCGUUUGUCCACAGUUUUUGUAUAUUUGUAUAAAAUCUGUAAUAUAUUGUUGUUUUGUUCUUUUAAAGCAUUAUUGCACCUUAAUGGUAAGAGUCUAACACUUUUUAAAUAUUUUUUUCCUAUUCCCGUUAUUGUUUGUAUGUAUUACAUUUAUGAUAUGUAUGUGAGCAGUAUGAUGAUGGCUUUUUAUGUUUUUCAAGUUGUAUUCAAUAAAUGGAUAGCAUGAUCGAAA